CUGUCUUUUUCUCUCUCAAGUCCCUAAUAAAAACCUCUUUCCCCCUUCUCUCUCUCUAUCUGCAGGAGAAGCUCAGAUAUACAGAAACUGACUACAAAGAACAAAGCUGAGAGGAAAAAAAGUUGUUCUUUUCUUCUUUUGCUAGUCACAACCCAAACAAGACUCUCCUAUUUGUUGCCAUAGGCUAUUGAAUCACACCCUGGAACACAAUACAAAAAGGUUGAAACACCAAUAAUCUCAAAAAGCAGCCAACACUCUCUCUUUCCCAUGGAUUUGCAACUGAAACAGUGGAGAAGCCAGCAGGUGCAGCAGCAGACAGAGCCAGAAGAACAGCCUUCUGCAGCUAAGAUACCAAAGCAUGUUUUUGAUCAGUUUCAACCCCAAACUGCAGCUUCUACUGCUCUUCCACUCUUUACCCCUGAUCCUACACCUUCCAAACUCUCCUCUCUGUCUUCUGAUUCUUCUGCCAGGUUCCCCAAGAUGGGGAGCUUCUUUAGCUGGGCACAGUGGCAAGAGCUUGAGCUACAAGCACUGAUCUACAGGUACAUGUUGGCUGGAGCUGCUGUUCCACAAGAGCUUCUUUUGCCCAUCAAGAAAAGUCUUCUCCAUCUAUCUCCUUCCUACUUCCUUCACCAACACCUCCCUCAUUACCAGCCUGCUUGGUAUUUGGGGAGGGGGGCGAUGGAUCCUGAGCCAGGGAGAUGCAGGAGAACGGAUGGCAAGAAGUGGAGAUGCUCAAGGGACGUCUUCGCUGGCCACAAGUAUUGCGAGCGCCACAUGCACCGUGGCCGCAACCGUUCAAGAAAGCCUGUGGAAACUCCAACCGUCAAUGCCACCACUACUACCAUGGCUGCUGCUGCAGCAGCCGCAGCACCAGCUCCAACAACAACAACUUCGUUUGCUUUUGGCGGUGGUGAGGAAGUGGGUCAAGGAGGAUCUCCUUGUUUCUUCUUCUCUGGCUCUUCCAACUCUUCAUCUGAACUUCUCAACCUUAGUCAAAGUUGUUCAGAGAUGAAGCAAGACACCAACAACAACAACAAGAGGCCGUACGAGUCUCAUAAUGGAUUCGGCAACAACACAUCAGACGGAGGCCAUACUUUAAGGCACUUCUUUGACGACUGGCCUCGCUCUGAAGCGGACAAUAAUAAUUCAAGCCCUAUGACCUCAGCUACUUGUCUUUCUAUCUCCAUGCCAGGAAACAGCUCCUCAGACGUCUCUCUGAAGCUGUCAACUGGCAAUGAAGAGGAAGCUAGGAGCAAUGGGAGGGACCAGCAAAACAUGAGCAGCUGGUGGAGUGGUGGAGGUCCCCAUCACAACAACAACAACCACAUGGGAGGACCGUUGGCCGAAGCCCUGAGAUCUUCCUCCUCGACUUCCCCAACCAGUGUUCUCCAUCAGCUCGGUGUUGCAACGCAAGCCUUUCAUUGAACAAUGUAUAACCAACACAACUUCGCUGAUUUUUUUACUGUUAUGUUUUUGGUUCUUGUU